AUGGCCUUACAGAAGUCAAGAAAUCCUCUCCAGAACGUGACGAAUGUGUCGAAGCAAAACUACAAAGCCAAGAAAAAGAUCAAACCGCGUGAGUUUCUUCCCCGUCCGGCAAUUGCAAGACCAUCCACCUUAACAUCGAAUGUACCAGGAGUACAAAACAAGCUCAGCCACAAGUUACCUGAAGGUUCGAAUCGACAGGACGAUGUGAUUUUACUCAAGACCAAUAUUGAACCUGUCCAACCAAAACAUGAGAAGAACUCCGCCGUUCAUCCGUUCCAGAAAGCCAUCGAAGUCAGCUCUUGCGCCGCCAGCGAUAUCUUGAAAAAGUACACUUGCUCAAAUGUCAGGAAGAAUGCCACAGUGCCUGCAGCAUCAUUUGUUCUCCCUCAGGAAAUCCAACAAGAAGACCUUCCAGUUACCGUUCCAUACGCGGAUGACAUUCACACGACUCUACGAAGUCAAGAGCAUUUGGCGCAAGUUUCACCUUCUUAUUUGGCGGAUCAACCUUUCCUAUCGAGUGACCACCGGGCCAGUCUUAUCGAUUGGAUCACAAACGUCAAUUCGUUCUAUGAUUUUUCGAGCAAGACGUUGCAUUUGGCGGUGAAUCUAUUCGAUCGAUUCUUGGACACUACUACGGACAAACGAGUGCGCUCGUCGAAGCUACAGUUGGGUGGUGCGGCUUGCUUCUGGAUUGCGUCGAAGUACGAAGAAAUCUGCAACGUAAGCAUGAACGAUCUUGUCUACCUUUGUCAAAAGAAGUACCCCCCUGAAGACUUUGUGGCCGCCGAAGAGGCGAUCUUGAAGACUCUCGAUUAUGGGGUUUCCUUUCCCACUGCCAGCACAUUCCUCGACUUGUAUCUUCAGGUGACCAACGCCGAAGAAUCCACUUCUCUGAUGGCCCACAAUAUUUUGGACCGCACUCUACCCUGUCAUGACUUGUUGAUUGAAUUUCGUCCUAGCCAAAUGGCUUCAGCUUCAUUGUUCCUUGCAUUUCAGAAGCGCAGUGUUCCUUGGGCACCCGCUUGGGCCCGCUACACGGGGUACGAGGCGGAAGACCUUGAAAUUGUGGCUGACGCGAUGGAGAAUGCAUUUGCCCGCUGGACUUGA